AUGUGUUUGUCGGCUAACCAUGCUAUAGACACGUUUACCCGUCGAAGGAUAUGCAGAAUUCGAUAUUUACACCUGCUUUGGGCUCAGACUAACGUCGAUGAGCUUACGAUUCAACAUGCGAGAGAGCGGAAAAAGAUAGUGGAACCUAUGACGAGGGUGUUUUCUCUACGCAAUUCGGCGACCUCUUCCGCUCGGUUAGGUGCCUGGAUCCAAUUGCUUCUGCACCGCGCCUACGGUGAAUCGAAAUCACGAAAGAAACUGAAGAUAUUUUUGAAUCCAUGCUCCGGCAAAGGUACCGCCGUCAAAUUGUACCGUAAAUACGCGGAACCCUUAUUUGCCGCAGCACAGUGCCAGGUGGACAUACGAGAGACUUCUUUCUCCGGCCAUGCUGGCGAGCUAGUGAGAGAGGACUUGGAAAUUGACUCGUGGGAUGCUAUAGUCUGCUGCUCUGGAGAUGGUCUACCACACGAGAUCAUCAAUGGCCUUGCACUGAGAAACGAUGCUGGGUAUAUUUUGAGGAAAGUCCCGAUUGUUCAGCUGCCUGGAGGUUCUGGCAAUGCGUUGUGUGUCAACAUGUUCGGGACUACCAGCAUUUCCCUUGCCGCACUCUACACCAUCAAAGGGGUUCAGCAUCCUGUGGAUCUUAUGUCCAUUACGCAGGGGGAUAAAAGACACAUAUCCUUCCUGUCACAGAACCUCGGUUUAUUGGCCGAAUGUGAUCUUGAUACUGAGGGAAUGCGGUUCUUGGGUGGUAAGAGAUUUGAGGUCGGCUUUCUGCAACGUCUUCUCAAGCCUCCCAUAUAUGAGUGCAGUCUGGCGACUUAUAGUGCUUCUAACCAAUGCUCAAGAGAAUCUCUGAAUGGCCACCCAUGCCGUCAGCUGCAAGAGCCAAAUCAGCAAGGGUUGCCUAAUCUACAAUAUGGGUCUGUCAAUGAUCCUGUUCCAGACAGUUGGAAGCUCGAGCAUCGUGAAACACUAGGGGUGUUCUUCGCCGGUAAAUUUCCUUUUGUGGAUGCUACAUCCAAGGUGUUCCCUGGCGCAAAGCCUAAUGAUGGACUGCUGGAUAUCUUAACGGUGGAUUCUGGGAUAGGGGCCAGAAAGCUUUUGCAAUUAUUGACAAAAGCCGCGAACGGAACACACCUUACAAUGCCAGAGACCCAGUAUAAGAAAGUGUCAGCCUACCGAGUCGUUCCCUCCAGGGCUAGUGGUGCCUUCAGUGUGGAUGGAGAGAGGUUUCCAAUCAAGCCAUUUCAAGUGGAAGUCCAUCCGCAACUGGGCAUGACAUUGACCACACCUUCUAUAGUAGCCAGACAAGACGCCAACAACUAG